AUGGAGAAGUUGAGAUAUCCAGAUUAUUGGAUGCAAGACUCUAACAUAUGGGGAGAUCUAAACAACUGGGACUUGUACUGGAUGGAGAUGGAGACACAGCCAAGCUCAGCUACUAGAGAAGACUCACAUAUUACCUUAUUAAACGAACUAAAGCAUCUCAAGAAAAUAUAUAAGCAUACACCUAUCGCUCAUGUAGUCCAUAAAUUGAAGAAAGAAUUGAAGAAAAUUGACAAUGACUCGCAGAAUAAAGAGACUUGGGAGGAAAGCGAGGCAAAGUUAUCUACACUUCAUCAGGCCAAUGAAACACAGGAUAUCAAGUUCGAUGACUUAGAAAUGGAGGAAGAGCAAAAUGAACCAUCAGCAUCAACUACUAAAGGAAGAAAAAAUAAACUGAAAUGGAAUUUGUUCGAGGAUUUAAAACCUACAGAAGUGGAAUGGAUGAUUGAUGGAGUAAAUAUAAGUCAUUCAUUUUUCCGCUUCAAAGAACAUGCGGAAUUCAUGGCAAAGGGAAAAAAACUGACUUACUCGAAGCAUCCUGGUGAAAUUCUGGCUCUAAGUUCUAUCCUUCUCUUGGAGGAGAAUUCUAAGCGUGCAGAGCUGGAUAUACCAGCGGAUAUUCGCACAAAUGUUUUUGAUCAGAUGAAGAUUAUUUAUCAAAAGCAUGACUUGCCACGAGAAGUUAAAGAGCUGUGUUAUCGCUGUGCCCGAAGACAGUCCAGGCAUGAUUUAAAAAAAGAAAUUGAUGAUGCUUUUUACGAUCUAAACGUCAUAGGUCCAUCUGACGAAAGAUUGCUAAGAAUUAGUAGGAACGUUUGGAUCCACAUCGAAGAAAACUGGUGCUCAAGUUUUAAUAAACCUCGAACCAUAGAGGACACAUAUGCUCACCAUUCAUUACACCCUUUGCUUCGACUAUUUUUCCCUGAUAGUCUAGAUCAAACAGUGGACUGGGCAAACAAAAUGUCAAUUGUAAGCUCUUCAAGAAAAGUAAAUGACAAAGGAGAGGGGCACAAAUCCAAUUUCAUGCUCACAGCUACUAUAAGAAAGAGAAAUUAUGAACUUAUGUUUGGUCUUUUUAAAUCGCCAUCAAUGAGUACCUCUUAUCUGGUGAAUGUUGAUCUAGUGGAUCUGGGAGUGUUGAUGAAAGAUUCGCUGGAUGACAUGUAUAAAGCACAGCGGAUUGAAUUGGAUAUGGCAGUUUUUGGAAUCCAUGCAUUUGGUAUGUACUGUAAUAAAAAUUUAUGGGAAGGGAGUAAAAAUUGGGAAGAUGAUUUAGAGAGCUUAACAUUCUGUUUGGCAGGUUAUAAUGUUCGCAUAUAUGUUAUGGAUCUUUCAUAUGACGCUGUAUAUAGGAUGUAUUUGUUGGGGGAGUUUGCAUUGUCAAGAAGUAAUAUUGAUCUGUGUUUGGUUGAAAAUGGGUUGUAUGAAGUGGAAAAUUUGGAGAGCUUAAUAGAAGAAUAUAUUAAAAGGCUCUCAUCACUUCCACUCACCAACAACAAUGGGAACAUGGCUCCGACUAAUAAGAUGAGAAUGACCAGGAAAACAGUAGAAACUCCUCGUUACAGUCCCUAA